CGCGACGUCUUGCAUCUCCCAUAUUUCGCGGUUGUGAUUGUUUGUGUUCUCUGAUCGCUACGUUUCGUCUAGUUUCAUCAUCCGUUUCUCAGGAUCUUGUUCGGAGCUGUGAUUAAAGCAUGUCGUCGAUCGUCGUACCGGCGGUUCUGCGAUUUAGUCGCGUGACGGUCGACAAUUUAUAUAAAAUAAAUAAAAGCCUGCACAGAUUGCCGCGAGCAUCUUUUGCAUUUUCCUGGCAAAGGCAACGCUUCAGCACAAUAACUGAAGAGAAGAAACCAGGCGCCACUGACGUACCUCCCGUGUCGGAAACCGUUACAGAGAAUGAAAUGAAACUGAAGACUGAGCUUGAGCUUAUUAAUAAAGAGCUUGCCAUGCUUAAGGAAACUAAAGACACACUGGAAGAUAAAUAUAAGAGAGCGUUGGCGGAAGGCGAAAAUAUCAGGGUUAGACUCACAAAGCAGAUCAACGACGCCAAACUUUUCGGCAUUCAAGGUUUCUGUAAGGAUCUCUUGGAUGUAGCAGACGUAUUAGGGAAAGCAACCGAAAGUGUACCGAAGGACCAGAUAACGGAGCAGAAUCCGCACCUGAAAAGUUUAUACGAGGGCUUAGUCAUGACGGAAGCUCAAUUACAUAAAGUUUUUAAGAAGCACGGCCUAAUUUCGCUGAAUCCAGUAAACGACAAGUUUGAUCCUAAUGAGCACGAAGCAUUAUUUCAACAAGAGGUUGAGGGUAAGGAGCCUGGAACAAUUGUAGUUGUAUCGAAAGUAGGAUACAAAUUACACGAAAGAAUAGUGAGACCAGCAUUAGUAGGUGUUGCCAAGGGAUAACUAAUGUAAAGGUAGAUAGAAUAUCCUCUGACAAUUUGUUAAAUCACAUGAAAUAUAAGAUAUUGAUGUAUA